CUGACGGGGACAGGGAAAGUGGAACCGGGGCGGCGCGGGGGCCGGCGGCACCGCGAUCUCGCCGGGGCAGCGGGGGGCCGAGCGGGCGGCGCGGCGCAGGGGCCGACGGGGGCGCUGGGCGGCUGCGCCGGAAGUGCCCAGAACGCCGGAGGAAGCACAGCGGCCGCCAGGCUGCCGAGCCGGCGGCGAGGCCCUGUGCUCCUGGGCUGGGUGCGGGCUGCUGGGAACAGGCGUCAGCGGCGCCGAGGCUGCGGGACACGGCGCGGCCAGUCUGCGGGACGGGCCCCAGGUGGAGAGGAGGACGCGAGGAGGCCGCGCCGAGGCCAGGCAGCGAGCUCUGAAGCCCGGAGACCCGGGCCGCGGCACAGCUCCCACAUGGCCUCCGGAGGGGGCGCGGCCUUCGAGGAGCUGCCGCCCGACGGCACGUGUGAUGAGUGCGAGCCAGACGAGGCUCCGGGAGCCGAGGAAGUGUGCCAGGAAUGCGGCUUCUGCUACUGCCGCCGCCACGCGGAGGCGCACGGGCAGAAGUUCCCCAGGCACCACCUGGCCGAGUACGUCCACGGAGCCGCCCAGGCCUGGACCCCGGGAGCCCGGGGGGAUGGGGCGGGAGAGGAAGAAGUCGAGGCCCAGGUAGAGAACGAGAAGGCCCUAGAAAGCGAGGCGGGGGAAGAGAGCGAGUCCGAGGAAGACUGUGAGUCCGAAGAAGAGAGUCAGACGGAGGAGGAGAGCGAAGACGAGAGUGAGGAAGACAGUGAGGAAGACAGUGAGGAAGAAAUGGAGGAUGAGCAAGAGAGCGAAGCAGAGGAAGACAACCAGGAGGAAGGAGAAUCGGAAGCGGAGGGAGAAACUGAGGCAGAAAGCGAAUUUGACCCAGAAAUAGAAAUGGAAGCGGAGAGAGUGGCCAAGAGGAAGUGUCCGGACCAUGGGCUCGAUUUGAGUACCUAUUGCCAGGAAGAUAAGCAGCUCAUCUGUGUCCUGUGCCCAGUCAUUGGGGCACAUCAGGGCCACCAGCUCUCCACCCUAGACGAAGCCUUCGAAGAACUAAGAAGCAAAGAUUCAGGCGGACUGAAGGCGGCUAUGAUAGAGUUGGUGGAAAGGUUAAAGUUCAAGAGCUCAGACCCUAAAGUAACCCGGGACCAGAUGAAGGUGUUUAUACAGCAGGAAUUUAAGAAAGUUCAAAAAGUGAUUGCUGAUGAGGAACAGAAGGCCCUUCAUUUAGUGGACAUCCAGGAAGCAAUGGCCACAGCUCAUGUGACUGAGAUACUGGCAGACAUCCAGUCCCAUAUGGAUAGAUUGAUGACUCAGAUGGCCCAAGCCAAGGAACAACUUGAUACCUCUAAUGAAUCAGCUGAGCCAAAGGCAGAGGGCGACGAGGAAGGACCCAGGGAAUCAGAGAAGAUUUCACAGUUGUUGACCCAUUUGAACCAGUACCCUGAACAGAGCUAUACAGCAGUAAGUUGAUUGAUGGCAGGUGGAGAAUGGACAUCAUAAUUGUACACUCUUGGUGCCAGUGAAGAAGAAGACACAUGAAGGCCUGCCAUCCCCAGUGGAAAAUCAUCCCUUCCCCUUGUGUGUAUGUGACGGCGUAUAUGUAAUGGCUUCUGAUUCCUGUGAAAGCUGCCCAGCAACAAACAUGCUUCCACCAGAUGCCUCCCCAGAUCCACAGCAGGCACAUAGCUCUCCAAGGAAUGACCAGUUUUACUCUUACUGACUGUGCUUCUCAUUCUCUUGUCGUGAUAGGUCAAGGAAAAUGCCCCUUUGAUCAACCAGGAGCAAUUAAAGGGUCCUUCAGGUAAAUCCCUCGAUGGCUGCUUUGAACUUGCUCAGGAAAGCCAGCCCCUGUCAUAGUGUAUACCCAAACAGUAUCACUUCAUUAAGAAGGAUCUGGAAUAAUCUUGAAGGGCAGUCAGAAUUUGUUUCCCUACCUGCUAAUAAAACCACACUUUAUUCAUAUUGAAGCAUGGAAUAAAUGAGGGAAAAGUAGGGCCGAAUCAACCCACAUAGUUCGUCUCUAAAAGUCCAUUUAAUACAUCUGUGAAAAUGUGGUUUCAUGAAAUAAUAUGGACGGCUUGAAAACAGAUAAAGAGUUAAAAGUUAGAAAUAUAUAGAGAUAUUUUUAGUACAUGAGGUUAUCCAGGAUUUCAGAUUCAUAAUUCAGUGCUGUGGAAAUGAAAAAAAAAAAAAAAAGAUUGAAGAGAUAGAAAAGAAAUGACUUUCUUUUUUCCCAAAAAAAAAGGACCAAAGAGAUCUGAUUAAAAGUUGAAAUCGAAAUCAGUAUUUCUGAACUCAAACUGCCUAAGUUUCCAAAAUAGUCACUAAAGGAUCUGAUGGAACCUGAAUUAUUUGAGUGGACUCUGAGGUUUUAUGGGUCUUGUCACAGCAUGAAAGUCUGGAAUGUGUAUUACAAAUGGGAAUUUUCAGUGUAGGUUUUGCUCCCCCUCCCCCAGCUUAGCCUAAUUUGGCUUAAAUGCAGUGUGGGGAGAAUUCUUGGCCCUCUGUGGUGUGUUGAAUCGAGCUCCAUCUCCUGGCAGAUAUACCUUCCUUUUACUCCAGCGGGGACCCCUCUUCCCCUGGCUCUCCCCACCUCCAGGUCAUCUCCCACACGCUGGCUCUCUCCUCUUAAGUAACGUGAGCAGAGACUCACCGUGGUUGGACUCUGGUCUUUCCCCACUCCCAAAGCACAUUUCCUUACAACCGAGUUUUUUACUCCUAAAUAAGCAAUGAUGUACUAGGGAAUACAAAACUGCAAACUAAAAAACAUGCGUCUUCUGAAACAGGAGUUUUACUUAACAAAUGGUUUGGAGUCAGGGAAUGACAUUAUUUUUAGAUAAAACAAACACAAUUAUAUUAUGAAAUAGAAUGUAUACAUAAACAGUAAAGAUAAAAUAGGAGACUUCACAGAGAAUUUUUAUUAGCGAGUGGGGUGGUGUUCCCUCUCCUCUGCCUUUAGUGGUAUUUUGGUGUUCGUUUCUGAGAAGUACAAUUGGAACUACAUCCAAGCAGCCUUAGGGUUUCUGUUGACUCAGGACCUAGACUUCUAGUGCCUCUGAGGCAGAAACAAAGGAGCUGCACUGAGGGGAGUUCCUCUUCCUGCCUGCCUGCCUGCCUGCCUGCCUGCCUGUAUACCUAUCACAGAGCUUUAGGGCCAACCGAUAUGUGUGUGCAGGAUGGUUUUGAGGGAGAAACAAUGCUUACUUACUAUAGGAAUCCUGUCUAUAUCACUGUUCAGUCCUGUGCAUGCUAUGAAAUGAUUGUUUCUUUGAGGCCAGGAAGCUACCAGGUAUAUAUGCUUCUGGGUUAGGAUUACCCUUGCUCGCUAAAUAUGUUGUUGGGACAUUGGGGCUGAGAGUAGUUUGGGCUGUUUAAAAAAAAAAAAAGUAUUUUUCUCUCCAACCGGUGGCCAGCAAAUGACUAAGACAUUUUCGGUGCUUUACCUUUCUGCCCACAAAGACUGGCGAUUUGGGCAUACCACUAAUUACAACCCCCAACCACAUCCAAAGAAACUACUCCUAAAGGAGAACGAGUGGCCAUUCUUAAAAGAGUUUAAAAAUCAGAAUAUUAAGAAGAAUUUAGGAUUUGGAAGCUUGUGUUGUCUUUCCCCAGUAAGUAUUGUUUAAUCUCCAAGUAGUAGCCUUAUUUUAGCAGUGGACAGAUCACAGGCUCCUCCGUACCAGAUCAUACGUUAUUACUUUAAAUCAGUAUUUGGGAAACCCAGGCAUUCAUGCAAUGGAUAUGAAUGGAAAUACAAACACAUGCCAGCCUGUCUCAAUAAAUUAUCAUACUCUGUAAUCCUCAAGGAAAGCACUUUUGCUUUUACUUAGAAAGGAUUUCAGAUUUGCUUUGUGGGCUCCUGCUGUUUUCAGCACCUGAUAAAACUUUAACCAGGGAAGCAUUAAACACAGCUCAGCAGCUUCUGCCCAGGCUCCUGAGUUCCUGCCGGCAGCAUUUAUCAGUGUAAGAACUAAGAUGCUUCCUGCAGUGGCACCAGCUUCCUUAAAGCUGGAGCAUGCUUCUCGGCCUUAAGCCCCAGCAUGAUGAGACUUCCCUCCUACCAGGUCAGUAAGAGUUGCUCACAACUGUGCCCUAACUGGCUGCAGGGUUUGCAGAAAUCCCUAGGGAGAAGUCAUCAAGGGAGGCAGGUAAUGAAUGUCUUCAGAAUGAAUUGGGUCCUCACAGCAAUCCCUGGCUCCCUUCCAAAGGUUGGGUAUCUGGAGGCUAAGAGGGGGAUUGUCCUUUGAUUUGAUUGUCAUUAAAUCCAGGACAAUUCCAAGAAUUGCUUGGAGUCUCUGCUCUGACAGCCUAGAAAGGGAAAUGACUUAAAAUAUUGAGGACCAACUAUGAGGACCCAUUUCUCAGAUGGUAAUACAGAUUUGGAGGGCAAGAGUCACUUGCCUUGAGUUACACAGCUAGGAAGUAUUGGAGCUAGGUUUUGUACCCGGCUCUUCCUAACUCUGUGUAUGCCUAAAACAGAGAGAAAAAGGCUGCAGGUUCCCCCCCUGCAGUCUGACCAUUCCACUCUAUGGAUUCUUUUUCAAAGUUACAUUUUAUGGCUAUAGUUGAGGCUCAGAAAUGGCAGCAAGUUAGCCUUAUUCUUCUACUUUAGCAGAUACAUUAAGUACAUAUUGCUAACUUGAGCCUGCCCCCAGGAGUUGGAGGACACCUUUCCUUUUUGGUGCUAUUCCCCAUAAAUACAGUGUUUUUAGACCUUCAGGAGUAUGGAACUUCUCAGAAAUAGUAGAAGUGAGGAGUGUUCUGCUCUCUAACUUUAUUUGAAAAUGUCAGCUGCUACACUGCUGCAGAAAAGGAAAUCUUCAUAUUUUAGUAAACCUAGCCAGUCUGUGAGGAUGUGGUAAUUCAAAGUCCUGUGAACCUAGACUUUCCUGCUAACACCUGAUGUGUACACACACACACACACACACACACACACACACACACACACACACACACACACACACACACACACACACACACACACACACACACACCACACACACACACACACACACAGUUUAACAAGUGAGAGAAAUUCAGAGCAGCCGCUGCUUCAUUAUCUCGCAUACCACCGCAGAGGUUUCUGCCAGCCCUGAUUACAAGUGUCACCAGAUAAUGGGGCUUAGUUGCUUGCUUACAAGAUGCUAACAAGAAGAGCAACUCCUUGGCAAAGGUUGUCAGCUCCUAAAGCACUGAGCCAAGGUGACAGCCCUGAGGGAAAUCGCACUCCAGCCCUACUCCAAGGUGUCUAAUGAUAUGGGAAAUUUGGACACCCAGAAUUUUUGGUGACCUGAGAGUCUAACCACUCUAGUCAGGCCUGAGGGCACGGCUGCAGAAUUCACGACCGAUAGGAGUGGCAGGGCUUAGGAAGUCCUCUCCUCCACCUAGAAAAUAUUCUCUUGCCAAUACCUGAAAUGCCACACUCAGUAGCUCUUCAACACAUGCUUUUCGAUAAGAAAAUUAGUUGCAUGUUUACGGUGUGCCUAGCACAACUGGAAUUUUCUGUUUAAAAAACAAAUCUAUCUCAUUAUGAAUGGACUCAGCCCAGCCCUGAGAGAAAAGAAGGCCUGCAGGCCUGCAGGGGAGACUUCAGAUCUCAUUAAUAUUGCCUUACCCAACGGUGUUUCUGAAGCCCCACCACAGCCCGUUCCAAGAGUUGUAAGGCCCUUGGGGACUGCCUAGGAGAACAGUAGCAUUUGGAACCAAGAACACACAAGAACACGCGCUUGUUCGCGCCAGGGCAGGAAAAUAAAAAUAAAUUAAGACACUAGUGGGUAUACUGGUACAAAAAGUGCCGCAGAGCCCAUGCUAGCCUUGAUAUGACCUUGAGGGGACAGUAGAUUUAUACUUAAUGGGACUUAAACCUGACCGAUCUUUCUACAGUGACAGGCACACUGCGUGGAUAGGGAGAACCAACGAACCCAUUGUCCUCUGCCUGUUUUCCUGUGCACAGUCACAUUCCCUCCUCAGUCAUCUUCCUCUUGCACACUUUACAUUAAACAAGGGAACACUCAGUCUUUCACGGGAAUUACACAUUUGAGUUAAUGUUUCAGUAUAUCAUUUUCAUAUUGUAAGUUAUUUUGUAAGAAAGAUUUACUGCUCUCCCAGGAUGUUUGGACUCAGUGCCCCUGUGCAUUUGGAAAUCAAUAAACUAUUACUGGAAAUACCAUUUGUCUCUCAGAGUUGUGCACAAAGGGCCCUGCUAGGUGUAAAUAUUCAUGGUGAUCUGCAUUGUUAACUGUGAUCAUGCUGGAGAUGAUGGUGUUUUGGUUAUGAGAGGUGGGACGCUCAUUUGCCCCUGACUUCUCUAGCAUAGCUUAGGAGAUCUCUGGGAGUGGCAAAAGGACAGACUUAAAGUCAUUGUUAUUUAAAGAAAUGUUUUCUCCUCAAAGUGAAGUGAUCCAUGCCUAGGUUAAAUUUUCUGAGCAAAGUAGAUUAUAAAGUAAAGAAUGCUUGGUCCUGAAUGAUGUUUUCAAAUAACGUUAAAGCUUUACAAUUUGGAUUAGCCAGGGUGGUGGUCAGACUUUAAUUUUUACCGUAUUUGCUAGAAAAAAAACCUUCAUAGAGCAAAUUACAGUUAGGCCAGCAAAAUCAUCUUUGGGGAACCUUAGAAGUACACAUUUGAUAUAACUGAUGAAGAGAUAGAAUUAAGUUCUAAAUGAAGCAAUUCUAGUCCAGUUUGUAAUAUCAGGAGCAGAGGAUGCAUUGAAAUCAAGAGGCAAAAUGUGAAAACUCAAUAUAGUAGAUACUGUAUGAAUUAGAAGGUACAAUUCCUACCUAAAGGCAUUACAAUUCAAUUUUUAAAAUCCAUCCUUAAAACCCACCAGCAAGUGUCUGGAGGAGCUGCAGUUUAUGAACCCUGCUGUAAAAAAAUUUUUUAACAGAUUUGUCUCCAUCAAACCCCUUUCGUUAGCUAGAGGCUGUAUGUGAACUUUGGAGAAAUUGUUCAAGAUAGGGUUCUAGAGGGAGUCAGUCACUCAAGGUCAUGCGGUGAGCCACGCUGAUAAAGCCAGGCCGGGAGACUCUUGUCCCCUGUAACAAUCAUUAGGCCCACUUCCUCCCUCCCCAGUUGCUAAGCACACUUCUGCCUGGUGGCAUGGGAUUGCCAAGCACUGUAGUGCUUGGGAGUCUCGGUGUUUUAACAAACCACAAUGUGUUUGGAGGUUUUCUUCCCUACUUCCUGGUGCCAGUAUCUCAAUACCGCAUCCCAUUGCCUCAGCCCUUUUUCAUUUUAUUUUCUUUCCCUCUGAAAGCUACAACUCUUUAUUUUGUUUCAUUGAUCUUUGCUUGGUCCAACUUACAGGUGGCCCCAUUUCCUUUACACUCAUAAAAGUGAAAUUGCAGCUGGUCUAGAAUAUCUCCUGGCCUUAACAAGGCAUCAGAGGUAAGUACACCCAGCAGAAAGUCAGGCUGCCAGUAUUAACAAGAGAAGAAGGUGUCACAGAAAAGAAAACAAAACGAAAGGCGGCUUAAAGUCAAUAACUGGCUGCAUUGAGUAUCUGUACUCGUUAAAUAUUAGAGUCUCCAGGUUAAAUCAUUCAUUUUGUUAAUAAUAAUAGCUACCGUUUAGUGAGGUCUUUUUCUGGGCCAGGCACUGUCCUAGUUGCCUUUUACGUUAUUUAAUUCUCACAGCACUAAUAUUAUCAUCCUCUAUUGUAUUGCUCAGGAAUCAGAGUUAAAUACGGUGCCCAAGGUCACACCCUAAUAAAUGGGAAGCUAGGAUUUAAACCCAGGUCUAGCAGACUUUACACCCUGGCUCUAAAGCUCUCCUGUCCUAGCUGCACAGAUUCCAGCUGAUGCUGGUGAAUAACCUUCACCCAUCCACCCCCUCUCCGCAAACACAUACAGUAUGGCCUUGGGGCGAAGGAGUUUGUCUUUUUUAGGUCUUGUUUUGUACAGUUUGCAAAGUACAGUGUACAGUGAGGGAAGGAGGGUUAAGGUGAGCAGUGAAAUUCUCUUCUGACCUGAAACUGCACUUUUGGAAGGAGGAAGCUUUUAGACUUGCUUUAUCUCCUUUAUUCCAAGGCCAUAAAUAAUGAAAUCACCAGGAGAGGCAAAGCCAUGGCUUCUUUUGCCAUAGUCUUAGAAUCCCAAAAGUCAGCCAACUCUGGCACUGAGCCUGUAAUUUAAUUAAACAUGUUGAAGGCGUCUCCAACAGCUUGACAGUAGACCAGCUUCAUAUUCUUGGAAAGGGACUGCAGAGGGAGCUUGUCUGUUUUAUAGUUCAUUUACUGAGUUGAACCCUCAUGGCCGUAGCAUACCAUUUGCCUUACAAAAAUGGCCCACAACCUUCAUACCAUUUUAGGGAGUCAGUCACAACUCAUUUACCUACGGCUCAGUCAGCUUCACCUAUCCCUAUUUCUUAAACAUGAAAUCUGCACAAGUGGUUUGACAGUAAUUGAGACAGAACUGGAAAAAUCUGAAACCUCUGCUGGACCCAUUCAGAAAUGACUGAGAACUAAGAAGUGAGUAAACAAGACUUCUGACCAGUUGAAAUAAAUAGUAUGAAGCAAACACAUAAGAGAAAGGCCAUCUGCCUACCCAUAAAGCACCUACUCAGAACCUAUUUAUUCCUGCUUCACACAUAGUUCUAAAUGUUUGCUGUCUGGUUUCCAAGCCUACAGCAGAUUAAGGGCACAAAACAGAUUUCUAGAGGAAACUUAACUCAAGAAGGAGAAGGAGUUGACAGCAAUAGAGAAGACAGAAAAAGUUUAAGUAGACUGAAGAGCUCAAAAAGCACUGUUUUAGGGGGGCAUUUAGUGCCCAAAAUAGCUCUUUACACAUCUCAGUUUCUAAACACCUCAUAUCAUAGGACUGUGUAAUUAUACUCAAAGUGAUGACCCUGAGCGUCACACCUAAAGAAACUAAGUUAUGCUCAGGAGAAAGCAAGAAUUUGCAUAUCAAACAUUUUAGAAAUAUUUCUAUCACAAAGGUAAAGAAAAAUGAAACAAAUUCCCCUUUUAGGGGUUAAAGGAAUAAACCUUGGACUAUCCAGAACAUUUAGUUAAGACAAAACAUCCCCCACCUGAGGUUUUAUUGUUCCAGGAGCCUCUUGUGUUUAGAGAGUUUUUUCAUAGCUUUGUAAGUGACUUUCAUGCUACAGUGCUUUGCAUAUAAUGGCAUGAACAAUGGAAGUGCCAAGUUUCCAAUUGAUGAAUAAAACUAAUAACCAGAAUACAGGUCAAAUCCUGUUACAACAAAUACUGCUACUAUAAAAAUCACUUAAGCAUCCCUGUUAUCUCUCAGCCCCUGUCAAUUCCCCAUUUAUUUCAAGCAAUAGUCAUUACAGCAAAAUUGGGGUAUAAUAAAAAGAAACUGGACCCUCACCACAAGUUGGGUGUAACACAAUUUAACCUGUAAUACCAGGUUCGUUCUUGUAUAUCUCCAGUUCUUUGCUGAAAGAAAAAUAAAUCUUAUGUAGACAUAAUACCAGCCUGGGAAGCUGGUAUUUAGUAGUUGUUGCUAGGAGAAGGAAGAAUUCAGAAGCAAAGGACACAUGGAGCUGUGUGGCAAACGCUCACUAGGGAAUUUGGUCUCCAGGGCCACUUUUGACCUUAAUCCACAUUGGAGCCAUCGACCACAGAGUCGCUUGCUUCUAAUAGUGAUGUAAUGCAUAUAUUAAGCCCUGGAAUGAAAACAUGAUUCACUUCCCAUGGGUCAUUGAGCCCUUUGUGGCAAUCUGGCCCUGAUCCGAUGACCCUGAGAUAAAGAAAUUGAGAAACAUGUGACUGGAACUAUCCUUUAUCGCAAGAUGCACUGCUUUCAACACUGUUGAUUGUGUAUAGAGAUGAUGUAAGUUAAUCAGCUGCAUUCCAUUUGGUAUACAGGCAAAGAUUUUUCCCUGCCUAUCCAUGUGCUUGUGGUAAUGAUGAGUUUUGACAUUUGCUAUAAUUUUCUCUUUUUUCUACUUUCUUGUUUUCUUUCUGUCUUUCUCUUUCUUUUACUUAAACACUUUUUAUGACUACAUUGCAACCAAUAUUUUGUAACACCCUUAGCAGCAGAAGGCGUUAAAUCAUAGUUCAUGUCUGAACAGUACAAUCAGCAAUAGGAAAAGGAGUGGGGAGGGAGAGGGAAAUUGUCCACCUUUUCCUGAUGAUAAUGCCUGGCUCAGGCCCCAGAUUCACAUCGUACUGUGAAGAAGUUCAUAAAUUCUGGGCACUGCUCAGCCUGAGGAGGCAGGCAAUAUCCCUUCAUACCUCAGGGUGAGAUGAAUGGUCUGUUGAAGUCAUGCCAGUACAGAAUACGUUCACUUCUGCUUGCUUUCUCCCCCAAGCCAGAACGUAGUUGAACACUUACAUGUCCCAGGCCAGAAGAUCAGGGUAUGAGGAGAUUGAAUACUUGGCUUGGCUCUUGAAAACAUUGAGUCCAAGUGUAGUUCUCUGGCUUGAAGGUCACCAUUUGCUGCCUCACCAUUUUUAUUAGGACAUCUGGAGAUUGCAGGUGUUAAUUGGAAGUAACUUUUCUGUAUUUGGUUUCUCUCCACACAUUCAGGCUUCUAGGACCUUUUGACCCAGUUGGAUGGCUAUAUCCUAGUAUCAGAUUCACCCUAUUCCAAGUGGGAAGAACCAUGAUAGACAAGUAAGAUUGCUCUUUGGCUUGGUGGUGGUGGUGGUGUUGACUCUGUCAGUGGGGUGAUUAUGGGUGGCCAUGAUGGUAAAGAAACCACUGAUAACAAUAAAAAUGGGUGUUUUCUCAGCACUUAAAAAACCAAUUUCCAUCUGCUAACAGGGGUUCUGAUCUCUUUUCCCCAAACUCCUUUUUUCCCUAGAAGAUACUGGCCUGUCUGAUCAAAAAAGAGCAUUCCUUCUGAGACCAUACCUAGCCAACUUAUGGCCAAACUAUACUUGCCUGUUAAUUUACUCAAAACUAGGUUGCCUUUUAAACCUCUUUCCCCACCUCUGGCAUGAGGACAAGACAUGUGGAGGAAGAAUUAGGUCACCUGGGGGUCCACUGUUGCAUCUGGUUAAGUGGUGUAAAGAAGCCAAGAUUUCUAGAAGUGUCUGUGUUUUGUCGUUUCCGAGAUGGUGAGGAAAUCCGUCUGGAGUGUUUAUGCCCCUCUUCAUAGCCAAGCCAUGGGCUUUCUUUUGUAUCGUGCUACUGAGGUUAGUCACCGCCCUCAGAAGGGACAAUUUCACGAUGACUUACUUCCUAGUAAUCACUGGAACAGUCUCACGAGGAUGUGCACAGCUGCUGCGUUUCUUUGGGCCUGGCACGUUCUCAGAUGGCAGACUUGCAGAACAAAUGAGAGGCCUGGCCCGGUUCACAGGCAGAGUGAUCCAGAGUUCAGGCUUCCCCUUGCCUUUUAUCCUCCGCCCUCCUUCCUCUGUUCCCCCACCUCCUCUUCUUCUGGUCUCUCCAUCUGGAAACCAUGAGCCUCAUGGAUUCCAGGCACAAGUCUCAGAUUUCAGAUGUUUGGGAAAUGUCUUUGCUUGGGUCAUUCUUCAAGAGUAAGAGAAUUCAAUUUGGGAGGAGAAACAGCUGAGACCCUUCCUUGCACAGAAGAGAAAAUAAAUAAGGUGUGGUACAUAUCCAUCCCCUUACCCACUCAGUUCCAAACCCACACACAAUGUCUGAUUUCAGAAACAAUAUUGAGAUUCCCUCCUGGGAGGGAACAGAAUGGAAAAAAACAAAAUCUCCACUCCUAAAAACAUACUUUUCUCCCUUCUGAGGUAUCAACAUAACUGGCAUCAGAUAAUAGGAUGUAACUGAUUUUGUGUGUGGUGUUGGGGAGGGUCUCUGGAGGAUGGAACUAAGAGUGAUGGAAUGAAGUAAAAAGUAAAAUGUAGCCUAAGUUGUUAGGGAGGAACUGUUAACGUUAAGAACCACUUAACCCCAGUGUUGCAUCUCCAGGAAAAAGAACAAUGUGUGGUCUUCUGUCCUUGGAAAAUGGAAUGAGCUUUCUCCUAAUAAAUAACUAGGUUUCAGAAGCAGACAGACUUGGUUCUAGUACUGGCUCUAUCCUUAACUAACUCUGAGGAAUUAAAGAAGCAGCUGGAUCUAUGGGGCUUAGUACAGUGCCCGACACAUAGGGGGAACUUAUAAGUGGUAGCUUAUGACCACUGUGUAUUGUGAUGAGCAUCACUCAUCAAAUUGGAGUCCUCUUGGGGCUGUAGAUGGAGCCUGCCCUCAUGUUGUCCCACACUGGCUUGUCUGCGCAGCCUCUACCUUCUCCCCAAGGCUACUUCUUAGCCCUCUCUACCACACCCACCCAAUUAUGCUUUCAUGUCAGUUAUAAGGAUCUCAAGUUAUAUGUAUUUAUUUGUUCAUAUGGUUACUGUCUGUACCUCUUUGAAGCUUGUAUUGUUUGUUCACUGAUGUAUUAGCAAUGUUGAUGAAAUUGCCUGACCCAAAAUAGAUGUUCAAAAAUG